AUGUUCAACCUGAUGAAGAAGGACAAAGAGAAGGAUGGGGGCCGAAAGGAGAAGAAGGAAAAGAAGGAGAAGAAGGAGCGGAUGUCGGCGGCUGAGCUCAAGAGCCUGGAGGAGAUGAGCAUGCGCCGGGGCUUCUUCAACCUCAACCGUGCCUCCAAGCGGGACUCCAAGACCCGCUUGGAGAUCUCCAACCCCAUCCCCAUCAAGGUCGCCAGCGGCUCCGAUCUGCACCUCACGGACAUUGACUCCGACAGCAACCGGGGCAGCGUCAUCUUGGACUCGGGCCACCUGAGCACGGCCAGCUCCAGUGACGAUCUCAAGGUGGACGAUGCCAACUUCAAGGGCUCGGUGCUGCAGCGGGCGGCCAAGUUCGGCUCGUUGGCCAAGCAGAACUCCCAGAUGAUCGUCAAACGCUUCUCCUUUUCCCAGAAGAGCCGGGACGAGAGCACUUCGGAAACGUCCACCCCCUCUGAGCACUCGGCAGCCCCCUCCCCGCAGGUGGAGGUGCGCACGCUCGAGACCCAGCUCGCCAAGCAAGGGCUCCCCCUAGGACACCCCUGCACCCCUCCCGCCACCUCCCUGCGUGCCAGAGUGCCGGAGCUCGUCGGCAAGAGGUUCCCCGCCGAGCUGCGGCUGCCCGCCUUGGUACCCCCACAGCCCCCUACCCCACGGCAGCUGGAGCUGCAGAGACGCAACACCGGUGAUUUCGGCUUCUCCCUACGCCGCACCACCAUGCUGGACCGGGCACCCGACGGGCAGGUGUACCGGCGCGUUGUGCACUUUGCCGAACCUGGAGCCGGCACCAAAGACUUGGCGUUGGGGUUGGUGCCGGGUGACCGGUUGGUGGAGAUCAACGGGCGAAACGUGGAGAACAAAUCCCGAGAUGAGAUCGUGGAGAUGAUCCGACAGUCAGGGGAGACGGUGCAGCUGAAGGUGCAGCCCAUCCUGGAGCUGAGCGAGCUGAGCCGCUGC